CUGCAAUGUCAAAAUCAAAAUUCCACUAGAAAGGGAAGAAAAGCGAAACAUUCGAACGAGGAGCAAAGUAAGCAAGUCAUCGGCAAUUUGAAGGCUUUUAAUUUUGUGUGUUUUACGUUGUGUUUUCCAAAUAUUCCAAAUAUGUCUAAUAAUGAAGAUACGCUAAAGCAAUUUUGUGAUGUUACCGGCGCAGACGAAACACGGAGUAGGUUCUUUUUAGAAUCUUCAAAUUGGCAACUUGAAGUUGCACUAUCCUCUUUCUAUGAACACGGAGGCAACAUUGAAGAAGCACCAGUUGCAAACACUGCCACUCCAGCCAGCUUACCGACGUUAGUGGAUAGUGACAUGGAGUCCCCACCAGGGUCACCUGAGAGACCACAUAAGAAAGACAAGAAAAAGUCCAGUUCUAAGUUUGCUACAUUAGAUUCUUUGCAACAGGAGAGCUCGAGUGAUGAAGAGGAAGGCCAGGCAUUUUAUGCUGGAGGCUCGGAACGCUCCGGACAACAGAUCAUAGGCCCCGGGAAGGCCAGGAAAGAUAUUGUGACGGAGAUGUUCAAAAGUGUAAGAGAACGCGGCGCUGUUGUGUUUGAAGACGAACCAACGUCUACCAGUAGAGGCCGCGGUGAACUGUUUUCUGGAGUCGGAUAUAGACUGGGUCAGACGGCGGACGAUCACGAACCAGUGACUCCUGCUAACGCAGCGCAAGAUCAGCCUACGUCGCGUUCCGUCCGCCUCCGCCUAUACCGCGAGGGGUUCACUGUGGACGACGGCCCGCUGCGGCUAUACACCGACCCUGAUAAUAGCGAGUUCCUGUUUUGUAUCAGGAGGGGCGAAAUCCCGGCGGAGCUGGCGCGCGGCGCGGGCGGCGGCUCGGUGCGCGUGAGCCUGGAGGACCGCCGCCUCGAGCCCAGCCCGCGGGCCGCCGCGCGCGCCGCCUUCUCCGGCGCCGGCCACAUGCUGGGCAGUCCUACGCCGGCCACAGUGGGCGCGACGGCCCCCGUGGCGGCGGCCGCCAGCGACCGCUCCGCCAACCAGCGCGCCGCCCAAGACGCCGUGCGAUUGGACGAUAACGCUCCUCAAACCACCAUACAGUUUCGCCUGGCGGACGGCAGCCGCCUCACCGGCCGGUUCAACCACACGCACACCGUGGCCGACCUCCGGCAAUACGUGGCCACCGCCGAGCCCAGUUACCAACUGCAGAACUUCUCCCUCCUCACUAGCUUCCCCAGUGCGGAGCUGACAGAUGGCAAUCAAACUCUCAAGCAGGCCAAUUUGCUUAAUUCUACCCUUUUACAGCGGCUCAAGUAGCAGUUGUGUCGAAUGUAUUUUGUUGAGCGAGUAUAUUUCAAUCGAUUAAUAUUGUGAAUUGGGAACGAAAAUAUGAAACACAGGAGAAU